AAUUGGAUCAUGAACCAACACAACAGUUUUAUUCACUCACCAAAAUUAUCAUAUUUACAUAAAGAAAAUGAAAAACAAAAUACCCUUUCACUUUUCUUUUCCGCUGUUUUUUCUUCUUCUGCAGUAAUCCUCCAGUCUUCCCUAAGCUGUCACAGUCGCCGCCGUUUACACUCUUUUUUCUUUUUUACAAAAAAUAUAAAAAAAAAGUCCACUCAUUUUCCUCAAAUUAAUUGACUCCAUUUUGUCAGCUAUAUAAACCUGAUCAUGCCUUAAACAACACUUCUAACUUCCACUAUUUCAUCUCUCUCUCUUUCUUUCUUUUUUCCCUCCAUUUUUCCAUCCUUUAAUUUCUCUCUCCUCCCUAACAAAUAAAAAAAAUAUCAAAACUUUAAGCUUCAUUUCAUCUUUAAUAUGUCAGAAAAAGACCCUGAUUUCUCUUCUCACAAACACCCUUCUUCUUCCCAGGUAAUAGAAGAAUUGAAAGAAUUAUGGGGAAUGGCGUUUCCAAUAACAGCAAUGAACUGCUUAGUAUACAUAAGAGCAGUAGUAUCAGUUCUUUUCUUAGGAAGACUAGGAAGUUUAGAGCUUGCAGGUGGGGCCCUUUCAAUAGGUUUCACCAACAUAACAGGGUACUCUGUUUUAGUGGGCCUUGCUUCCGGGCUUGAGCCCGUAUGUUCACAGGCUUUCGGGUCGCAAAACUGGGACCUACUUUCACUCUCUCUCCUCCGAAUGAUCUUCAUCCUCUUCCUUGCAAUCAUACCCAUAAGUUUUCUCUGGAUCAAUCUCGGCCCAAUAAUGAUCUUUUUGGGCCAAGAUAAAGAAGUUACAUCAAUGGCUGCUAUGUACUGUAUUUUCUCACUUCCUGAUUUACUGACAAAUACAUUUUUACAGCCUCUAAGGGUUUAUCUAAGGUCACAGCGGGUGACGAAGCCUAUGAUGUGGUGCACUCUGACUGCUGUGAUGUUCCACGUGCCGCUGAACUAUUGGUUGGUGAUGGUUCUAGAGUGGGGGGUGAAAGGGGUGGCUGUUGCUUCGGUGGUGACAAACCUGAACAUGGCUGUGAUGUUAGCAGGAUAUGUUUAUUUUAUGGAGAGAGAAAAAGGGAAAAUGAUGAAAUGGUGGAGUUGGGGGGUAAAAGGGAUUGGUGUUGAAGGGAUAAAACCAUUGAUGAAAUUAGCAAUUCCAAGUUGUCUUGGGAUUUGUUUAGAAUGGUGGUGGUAUGAAAUUGUUACUAUUCUUUCAGGGUAUUUAAGUAAUCCUAAAGUUGCUGUUGCUGCUACUGGGAUUAUGAUUCAGACUACUAGUCUUAUGUAUACUGUUCCUAUGGCCUUGGCCGGGUGCGUUUCCGCCAGGGUUGGAAAUGAGCUAGGAGCAGGAAAACCAUACAAAGCAAGACUAGCAGCAAUGGUUGCAUUAGGAUGUGCAUUUUUGAUUGGGAUAAUGAAUGUAAUAUGGACAGUCAUUUUCAGAGAAAGUUGGGGUAAACUCUUUACACCUGAUAAUAGUGUUACUGUCCUUGUUGCCUCAGUAAUGCCAAUAAUGGGAUUAUGUGAGCUAGGCAACUGUCCACAAACUACUGGCUGUGGCAUCCUCCGUGGCACGGCACGCCCUGCUGUGGGGGCCCGAAUCAACCUGGGGUCCUUUUACUUUGUCGGGACCCCAGUCGCAGUGGGCCUGGCUUUUGGGCUUAAGUUUGGGUUUAGUGGGCUUUGGUAUGGGCUGUUGGCUGCACAGGUGGCCUGUGCUGUUUGGGUUCUGCAUGCUGUGUUAGGGUCUACUGAUUGGGAAGCUGAGGCAUUGAAAGCUAUGAAGUGUUCUGAACAAGUUGAGAUGAGUAGUAAUAAUAAAUCUUGUAUUAAUCAAGAAGAAAAAGUAGGAUUUUUAGAUAGUGAGAAAAUGGAGGGUAACAAAAUUAACAACAAUUUGUGAUUUUGGACAAAAAAAAAACAUUGGCUGUUCUUCUGUGAAGGAAGAUCUGAUAAUGGUACUGCUGUAGGGUUAAUCUUAAGUUUUGAUGUGGCCCAAUCUACAGAGAAGUAGAGUAUCUUUAUUGCAUUGCUUUUGUACUGCCCAAGUUUAUGGCCAUUGAAUUGUCUUGUCUUCUAUGUAGAUUGAUUGGUAAUGGUAUGCACAGAUUUGCCUACCUUGUCUUACUUGGUUUUUGUAAAUUUCAAAACAAUAAAAUCGCGUUAUUUUAUCUAAACAUGUCUUAUUU